AGAAAGCCAGAGUGCUGAAUCUGUUAUUCACAAUAUUUUUUUUCCCAAUUAAAUUUAGUUUUUCCUUUCUCAUCCUAAAAAUUCACAAUAUUUAUUUUACCCUAACCCAUAAUUGAAACUCUCAUUUUGGUAGCUUUGGCCCAAAAAUCAAACAACCCAUACCUCCUCACGCGCCGCUUCUUCUUCUCCUUUUUCAUAAGCUUUGGUCUCUUUCGAUGAUGAGGGAUUUGAAUUCGGAUCUGUUUGACCUAAGAACGGAGAUGGACACGGCUGAGUUUCCUCGGAGCGUUUCAUCGUCUUCCGAUGCCGAUUUCGCCUUCGCUUUCAACGAUAGUAACUUCUCCGACCGCCAGCUUAGGAUCGAGAUCAUGGGUGAUACACCCGAGACUAGGCUAGAAUCCGAUGCCUGCACCAGUAUCGCUGAUUGGGCACGCCACCGAAAAAGGAGGAGAGAAGAUAUUAAGAAGGAAAACGUUGUGGAUCUAAGUGGCUGCCCUGAAGAACAAAUCUUGAAUUGCAAUCAACCAGACAUAGAUGAUUGUGAUGGCUGUGAAAAUCCGGAUGAGGAUACAGUUGCCAUGAUUGAGGAAUCACCUUCAGGCGAUGAAGGCGCAAACAGCAAUGAGUCAGACUGGAGCAUGGAUUUUUCAACAGUUGUGAGAGUUAAAACAUUGCAUAUCAGUUCUCCUAUUUUGGCAGCCAAGAGUCCAUUCUUCUAUAAGCUCUUUUCAAAUGGAAUGAGGGAGUCAGAGCAACGACAUGUAACUCUACGGAUUAAUGCAUCUGAGGAAGCUGCUCUUAUGGAGCUCCUAAACUUUAUGUACAGUAAUACAUUAUCAACUGCUUCAGCUCCUGCUCUGUUGGAUGUGCUGAUGGCAGCUGACAAAUUUGAGGUUGCAUCAUGUAUGAGACAUUGCAGCCGUUUAUUGCGGAAUAUGCCCAUGACACCAGAGUCUGCAUUGCUUUAUCUUGAUCUUCCCUCGAGUGUCUUGAUGGCAGAAGCUGUACAACCAUUAACGGAUGCAGCCAAGCAGUUUCUUGCUGUUCGCUACAGGGACAUUACUAAGUUUCAAGAAGAGGUUAUGGCCUUGCCUCUAGCUGGAAUAGAGGCGGUUUUAGCUAGUGAUGAUCUCCAAAUCGCAUCAGAGGAUGCUGUCUAUGACUUUGUGUUGAAGUGGGCGAGGGCUCAAUACCCAAAACUUGAAGAACGACGAGAUGUCUUAGGUGCCAGACUUUCACGAUGCAUUCGCUUUCCAUACAUGACUUGUCGUAAACUAAAGAAGGUCUUGUCUUGUAAUGAUUUUGAUCAUGAAGCUGCAACCAAGCUUGUGCUUGAGGCCCUCUUUUUCAAGGCUGAAGUUCCCCAUCGUCAACGAGCAAUGGCUUCAGAGGACUCUUCUUCCUUGAACCGUCACUAUGUGGAGCGAGCUUACAAAUACCGUCCUGUUAAGGUGGUUGAGUUCGAACUUCCUAGGCAGCAGUGUGUUGUGUACUUGGACCUUAAGCGUGAGGAAUGUGCAAAUUUGUAUCCUUCAGGGCGGGUUUAUUCUCAAGCAUUCCAUUUGGGAGGACAAGGUUUCUUUCUCUCAGCACAUUGCAACAUGGACCAACAGAGUUCUUUUCAUUGCUUUGGUUUAUUUCUGGGAAUGCAGGAAAAGGGGUCUGUGACUUUCGCCGUAGACUAUGAAUUUGCCGCAAGAACAAAGCAAGUGCAGCCACACCCGCCAAACAACCAAACUGAGGACUUCUUAAGUAAAUACAAGGGCAACUACACAUUUACUGGGGGCAAAGCUGUUGGUUAUCGAAAUCUAUUUGCUUUGCCAUGGACCAGUUUCAUUGCUGAUGAUAGUCCUUUCUUUAUAAAUGGCGUCCUACAUCUUAGAGCAGAGCUUACGAUCAAGCACUGAUUUCUCUGUUGGACCAAGUGUUUUAGAUCUCGAAUGCAACUACUCUGCUGUGUAGCUCUAACCAUUUUGUUUAUUUUAUUCGUCUCUAUGCUGUAUGUAUUGUCCGCGAAUGCAAAAUGGAAUAACCAGAUAUCACGCACUUGAGACCCCCCCUCCAAGAAGGCUGAUUAUUAGAAAUGUUUAUUUAUAUAUUUAUUAGCUUCUUGACACUCAAUGCUGCAUACUUUAUGAAUUGUGAACAAAAAUGGCUCCCAAAACUACCAUUUUCCUACCUUCA